CCCAAGGCAGAGGGAGACCGCACGCGCAAUCUGGCAGCUAGCCAGAGCCAGAGCCACGAUGCACGCGCCUCCGCCGCCGUGUUGAUAGGUUGCUGCCGCCUUGUGCGCCGGCACCGCCACCUGCUGAUCCCGCUCCCUUGUCACGCACCUCUGCCGCUCUCCCGACGCAGCCCGCGUCGCGCCGUCCCGCGGCCUGCUCCUGCAAUCCGGCCUCGCACCUGCCCCGGCGGCCCUGUCCCCGCGGCAGCCGCCGCGCUGCAGGCUUGUUCCCCUUCUUCAGUGCGUUUUGGCCUUCCGUAGAUUAUUCUCGUCAGAACCAUGCUGCUGGAGAUUUUUGGAUCUGGAAUGAGACUAACACGGAAUAAUGACCGGGUUCUAAGAUUGCUCUUUGGUGACCGAUCUGCUUAUGCAUCCUUUGUCCUGGCAAGCAACAUUGCAGUAAAAGGAGUGAAUAAAUGGGGCAGGCCAAAUUGGCUCUGCGUCCUCCCUUGUGUCAGUAACUAUUUCUGCACCUCCAUCUAUGCCACCAGAGGCAAACAAUUUGCCACCACCAAGGGGAUGGACACAUCAGGGAUGAAGGGGCGAACGAAGCAAGUCCUUGUUGGCCAUGCCUCUUAUCCUGUAUCUGAAGCCAACAUCUAUAAGAAAACCACCCAUCGGGAUGGUUCUAUAUACAAGAUAAACUAUGGUAUUCUAAAGCUAUGGCAUCUUACUCAACGUGGUGAGACACAACUAGAGCCGAUGAUGUUCUCAAAUCCCACGAAUUGUUUCCCGAAUAGGGAUAGAUGCAUGGUACAUUCUGCAACUGCUAUGAUGCAGAUUUUCUCGCUGAAAUUGGAAAAAGCUAGUACCAACAUCGGCUUGGUACAACUAUAUGGAUAUAUAGCAGUGUGUGAUCGUUAUGAUUCAUUGCUUAAUUAUGUUUUCAAUCGUAGCAGGGAUGAUCCCAUCAUCAUGGAAGAGGGUUCUCUUAUUGAGAUGACUGGCCCUAAGAGAGGCAUCACAAUGGUAGCCCCUGCUCUAGUUGAGUUCGACAUGAGGAUCAAGAAAGGAAAGCAAGAAGAUGAUCUACAACUAAUUGAUGGUGCAAUGGAGUACCAUGAUCUAGUCACACCUGAGUAUCCAUUCACGCAUCGGAUUAAUGGAGAUUGUGGUGCGGUUGACAUCACUUUAGCCCUCGUUCGUUGGGCAUUUGAGGCCACAAUAGAUGUUGUCAUAUCAAAAGUGCAGUGUGGAUUUGAUUUAUCUCUCAGUUCGUGUGUUGUCCUUAGGAAUGGAUUACAUGAGAUUCAACUCUUUCGUGGCAGUGUUGUUGAGUCAUGUGGCUUAAGAAGAUAUGUGAUUGCUGUAAAAAAGGAUACUUUGAUGCAUUUGAAGUUCAAGGUAGGUCAGAAUAGUUGUAAAAAUGAUCUUGAUCAUCAUUGUUUUUUCAAAGCAAAAAAACAUGGGUACGACUAUCAGCAAAUCAUGCUUGAGCUUGCCUCUAUCUCAGUGAAGGUGACUUGGUCGAACUUGCAAAGGUAAAUCACUCGUUUCAUAUUCCAACUUUGGUUGUGUUACUAGUUGAAUGUACGUGUGUUGCCAUAGAAAACAAAUAAAUGGCUCCACAAAAAUGUGUAUACUCCGAUUAUUGUAUCAUAUUUGUUUACAGUGGGAGUAUCUAAAACGUCUUAUAUUUCUUUACAGUGGGAGUAUUUAUUAUUCAACUCUAUUAGAGUUGUGCGAGUUCAGAUUUGUAUGAUUUUAUUAAGAUUAUGUAAUAUAUAUAUUUGUUUGA